AUGAAUCAUAAGCCCAGCAGUGAGAUAGCUCUUGAAGAGCUCACUCAAGUUACAACUUCCAUUAACCAAGAACAAUUACCUAGUGUACCAACAAUUCCAGAAAUUUCAACUAAUACUCCAGAUAUUGUAGUGCCGCGCCGCAGUGGGAGGGUGGUAAUGGUCCCAUACCCAGCCCAAGGCCACAUCAACCCGGCCGCCGCCUUCGCCGAGUCCCUCGCCCUCCACGGCCUACGUGUCACCCUCGCCACCACCAUUUCCCUAUCCAAAACCGCUACAUUCCACCACACAUCCAUCGCCAUCCACCCCCUAUCCGACGGCCACGAGCAAGUCACCCAGCCCGAGACCGUCGAGGCCUACUUCGCCCGUCUCAAGGCCAAUCUGUCGUGCAGCCUGGCCGCCUUCUUGGACGAGUGCGGCCAUGUUAAAUCCGUGAUCUACGACUCCUUAAUGCCUUGGGUGCUUGAUAUCGCGCACCAACGAGGCUUGCUCGGGUUUGAUGUGUCAUCGGAGGUAUUGGAUUGGAUGGCAAGGCUAUGGCCAGUCAAGACUGUUGGACCAACUUACUUGCUACUCCAAAAAAGCAAGAGAUCAGUUUCGAACCACAUCAUCAACCUGUUUGAGUCGAAACAAGAUGAAGCGUGCCAAAAAUGGCUCGACGCCAAGGGGAGCGGCUCAGUCGUGUACGUCUCGUUCGGAAGCUUAGCGUCUCUCCAAAAGGAGCAGAUGGAGGAGCUCGCCCACGGCCUAGCAAUGAGCAACUGCCCAUUUUUGUGGGUGGUGAGAGCUUCUGAGAUGGAUAAGAUAAAGAAUCUUGAUUUAGAGAAAGGCCUUGUUGUUGAGUGGUGUCAUCAGCCACAUGUACUGGCUCAUAGCGCUGUGGCGUGCUUCCUAAGCCACUGUGGAUGGAACUCGACUCUCGAGGCACUGAGCCACGGCGUGCCUCUUGUGGCCAUGCCACAGCAGUGUGAUCAGCCGACAAACGCUAUGUUUGUCGAGGGUGUGUGGGGGUUCGGGAUCGGGGUUAGAGCGGGUGAAGAUGGAAUCGUCGGGAGAGAGGAGAUCGCGACGCGGGUUAAGCAAGUUGUUGAAGGAGAUGAAGGGAUUGAGCUCAAGAAAAAUGCUUGCAAGUGGAAGAGUUUGGCUGAUGAGGCUGUGGAACAGGGUGGGACUAGUGCUACUAAUAUUGAUGAAUUUGUUUCCACACUUGGAAAAAUAGAAAAAUAG